CGCGGGUUGCCGACUGCUGAUCUAGGGGGACAGCGAGGGGAAAUGAAUUGCAGGGAGCGUGUGACUCCAGAGGGGGCGGUAAUGCGACAUUGGUAACGUAUGAGCAGCCAUAGUUCACCGAGAAGAAGGUGGCCCGGCAAGGCCGACUUUGUUGUUUCUUCUUCCGGGCCAGACCUGUCUCUCACAAACAAGGCAAAAUGUUGACCCGGCUGGCACGUCUCGGGCCAGUUUUGACACCCUUAAGCACUCGUAUGCCGAUUCGGUGCGUAUCUCAAUCGAAGCAGAGCGGCGCUGCCGGUGCGACCGCUGUGACCGAGAUGCCGCAGGCUGCACCGAGUGGCAGCCAUGGCGAGGUCAGCCGUUUUGUCAAGAAUCCAGAUUACCAUGGCUUUUCCAGUGACCCGGUGGUUGAUGUAUGGAACAUGAGAGUGGGCUUCUUCUUUGGCAUUUCUGUUUGUCUUGUCAUUGGAGGAACCUUCGUUCAUUACUUACCAGACCAUGGGAUGCGGCAGUGGGCCAGAAGGGAAGCAGAACGUCUGAUCCUCCAGAGGGAAAAGGAGGGUUUGCCUCUGAUUGAUGAAAACUACUACGACCCCCAAAAAAUUGUUCUUCCCAAUCCUGGAGAGGAGUAGAGUGAACUUACUGCAUUUCACAAAUCUUGUAUUUCACUAUUAGAAAAUAAAAUGUAAACUGUUGGAUUCUGUAAAUAAAAUGCAUAGGCCGUGCUUCUCAAA